UAAAAGGAAUUACAUAUUCAAAAUUCCAAUAAAAAUGCAUAUUCUUGCAAUAUUUUUCCUCCUAGUGUUAGCCUUGUUCACUUCCUUUGAAGUUUCGGCACAGCCAUACAAAACUUUAGUUACAUCCAUCAACAAAGACAGCAAAACUCCUCUCUAUAGCAUCGAAUUACAGGGCCAAUAUGUUAUCGACAUAAAUGCUCCAUUCUUAUGGUACACUUGCCAAGGGCAGUGGUUUAUCUAUCCUAUGGGCUGCUCAUCUUUGGAGUGUAUCAAUGGCCGCACUAACCUCUUCUGUCCAUCUGAUAACAUUUAUAGUGAUGGCCAGUGCCUUUGCACAGUCACUCCUGUUAACCCAGUUACCAGUUCUUGCUCUUCAGCCCAAUUGACGUACAAAAGCAUUAUCGUGGCAUGGACAGCUGGUCGUAACCCUACUGUUUCGAUCAAUUUCAACAACAUCUAUGUUUCCUGUGCACCUACAUCUCUCCUGCAGUCUCUUCCUGAAGGUUCUUCCGGUGUAGCUGGCCUGUCCUGGAAUCCAUUGUCUCUUGCAAUGCAAUUUACGUAUCCUCAUCUUGAAUUGACACAUAUGUUUGCAAUGUGUCUGCCUAGUACAUCUGGUGCGAACGGGGUGAUUUUCUUCGGCCAAGGUCCUUAUUUUCUUCAUCAGGUUGAGGUCAGCAGCGUACUAGCUUACACUCCAUUGUUAAGAUUGAACAAUUCGGAAGAGUAUUUUAUUGGAGUCAGUGGCAUAUCAAUUAAUGGAGAGAAAAUUAAAUUUCAGUCUAGCACUUUUGAGUUUGAUCAACUAAGGAAUGGUGGUGUUCAGAUUAGUACUAUAGUUCCUUACACUACACUUAGGAGUGAUAUAUACAAAGAGUUUCUCAAGGAAUUUUCAAAAGCCACAAAGGGUAUACCUCGAGCGCAAAAAGUGGUGCACCCUUUUGAUCUAUGCUUGGUAACUGGGGAAAAUGGUUGGAGACAUGUGGGUUUGAGUGUUCCUGAAAUUGAUUUAGAGCUAGGCGAUGGUGCAAUUUGGAGAAUUUAUGGAGCAAACUCUUUGAAGCAAGUUGAAGACGAUGUGGCUUGCCUCGCUUUCAUUGAUGGAGGGAAGUCUGCUAAACGAGCGGCUGUGAUUGGGUCAUAUCAAAUGGAGAACAACUUGUUGCAAUUUGAUUUAGCAGCUUCAAGAUUAGGAUUCAGUUCUUCGUUGUUAUUUUAUAACAUCACUUGCUCUAACUUCAACUUUACUACAAUUUGAACUUCAGGCUAUUUAAUUCUGAGGAAUAAAGAUAAUUGACUGGCUAGCUAGCUAGGCUAAUUUUACAUAGUUAAACUUUAAUUGGUUUCAAAUUCAUGUAUGCUUUGCUUUCAGUUUUCUCAGUCUUUCUUUUUCUUUUUCUUCUUACUUUUACUUUUUUGGUAUAAUAAAGGAUGAUGAAUUAUUAAUGUUAUCUUUUGUUUUAUUUUAAAAAAUAUUCAAAUAUAAAGAAUUAAAUAUUUUAUUUAAGUCUCAUAUAUUUUUUAUAUUUUAUUCUUUAUUUAUAUUU